UUGCAAGGCACUGUAGGGCACGUGGCAAUGAGGUAUCAGGGUUGGAGAUAAACAAAAUGAGGUCGUCAUAUAGCGAGACUUUCUGCUCCCAGCCAGCCCUGAUUAUACCUUGAAUGGCAUCAUUAGAGCGUAGUGCAAUGGUGAGAGGCUCGAUUGCCAAAGCAAACAACAAGGGGGAGAGUGGACAACCCUGUCUGGAUCCGCGGUGCAAGGGAAAAUAGUCAGAGGACAAGUUAUUAGUCCGUACCGAAGCCAUGGGGGAAAAAUAAAUAAUCUUUAUCCACGCAAUGAGUUUGGGGCCAAAGCCAAAUCUAUAAAGGGCAGCUGUUAGGUAAUCCCACUCAACGUGGUCAAACGCUUUUUCGGCAUCAAGUGAGACCACCACCUCCAGGUCCCCCGACGCUGGGGAGUACAGUAUAUUCAUAAGGCGCCUAAUAUUGAAAAAUAAAUGCCUAUUUCUCACAAAGCCAGUCUGGUCAGAGUGUAUUACUUGGUGCAGCAAGCCUUCCAUGCGGAUGGCUAAAAGCUUAGCUAGGAUUUUGUAAUCGCAGUUUAAAAGCGAGAUUGGGCGAUAGGAUCCACAUUCUAGGGGGUCUUUAUUUUUCUUUAAUAGUAAUGAAAUUGAAGCCUGAUAAAGACUAGGCGGUAGCUUUGAAGUAUUAAGGUACUCUGCAAAUAGUCGAGACAAGAAUGGGCAAAGCAGACCAGAAAACGUCCUGUAAAAUUCGAUUGGAAAACCGUCCAGACCUGGUGAUUUACCACUUUUCAUUGCAGACACUGCUGUUGCAAUCUCCUCAAGCGUAAAUUAUUCUUCUAGACAGUCAUGGGAGUCUGUAUCAAUUGAAGGCAUAUUCAAGCCAUUAACCUCUUGCUCCUACCCGACACGCAGGCGUCCCAUCUAGACAUCUGGAAAUGCAAAUGCGCUACACUAAAUGCUAAUAGCACUCGUUAAAACUCAAACGUUCAUUAAAAUACACAUGCAGGGUACUGAAUUAAAGCUACACUCGUUGUGAAUCCAGGCAACAAGUCAGAUUUUUAAAAUGCUUUUCAGCGAAAGCAUGAGAAGCUAUUAUCUGAUAGCGUGUAACACCCCAAAAGACCCGCAGGGGACGUAAACAAAAUAAUUAGCAUAGUCGGCGCUACACAAAACGCACAAAUAAAAUAUAAAACAUUCAUUACCUUUGACCAUCUUCUUUGUUGGCACUCCUAGAUGUCCCAUAAAAUAUCACUAUUGGGUCUUUUUUUCCGAUUAAAUCGGUCCAUAUAUAGCCUAGAUAUCGAUCUAUGAAGACUGUGUGAUCAAGGGAAAAAAUAGCGUUUUAUAACGUAAAGUCAUUUUUUAAAAUUAAAAAAGUCGACGAUAAACUUUCACAAAACACUUCGAAAUACUUUUGUAAUGCAACUUUAGGUAUUAGUAAACGUUAAUAAGCGAUCAAAUUGAUCACGAGGCGAUGUAUAUUCUAUAGCUGUACGUCUGGAAAUAAUGUCAGGGUAAAUCUCAACCAAAAUAUCCGGUCGGAGACCGGAAGAACUGCGCUGCCUUGUGUCUGUUUGACCAAGAAACAAAUCGUCGGCAAAUGACAAGACUGUUGACAUCGUGUGGAAGCUGUAGGUAUUGCAACCUCGGCCCCAUUUAAUGUGGUUCACAUUUAACAAUGGGUUGAAGUGGCGCAUGGAUAUAUUUUCCCAUUUUCAGUGAUCAGAUUUUCCUGCACUUUUCGAUGAAACGCACAUUCUGUUAUAGUCACAGCCGUGAUUUAACCAGUUUUAUAAACGUCUGAGUGUUUUCUAUCCACACAUACUAAUCAUAUGCAUAUACUAUAUUCCUGGCAUGAGUAGCAGGGCGCUGAAAUGUUGCGCGAUUUUUAACAGAAUGUUCGAAAAAGUAGGGGGUAGGAGUAACAGGUUAAAGGAGUCAAUCAGCAAAGGUUCUUGGGGGGAUUCAGAGGUGUAUAGCGCGGAGUAAAAUUGUUUAAAUUGAUCAUUGAGCUCUUUAUGUAUAACUGUGAUGGCACCAGACGGGGUCCUUAUUUGUGGGAUUAAACGUGAGGCAUCAUAUUUACGGAUCUGAUGCGCAAGGAGUUUACUGGCCUUGUCGCCUUGUUCAUAGACUUUGUAUCGAGCUCGCAAGAGUAACUGUUCAGCUUGCCUGGUAGAAAGCUCAUCAAAUUCAGAUUGGAGUAGUUGGCACUCUUUAUGCAGAUCAGAGGAAGGAUCCGUAGCAUACUUCUCAUCCAGUGUGGCUAUGGACUCGCUCAGGUCCCGAAGUCGCUGAGAGCGAACUCUGUUUUGGUUGGCUGUAUAAGAAAUAAUUUAGCCACGUAGGUAUGCUUUGAGAGACUCCCAUAUGGUAGAGCAGGACAUACCUGGUGUUGAAUUAGUUUCUAGGAAUAAGGUGAUUUCAGAAGAAAUGAAAUUGACAAACUCCUUAUCUGAGAGUAAAAUGGGGUUGACACGCCAUUGAUAACACAUAGGAGGUCGCUGGGGAAACUCUAGUUCAAGCACUAAUGGUGAAUGGUCAGAGAUAACAAUACUCUAGUAAGUACACUGCCGAAGGUAGGCAGAGGUUUUUGGUCCAAAAAUAAGUAAUCAAUCCGGGAGUAUGUUUGAUGAACAUGAGAAUAAAAGGAAUACUGUCUAUCUGUAGGAUGUAGGAAACGCCAGGAGGAUUGAAUCAGUAGGGCACAUUUAGAUGGGCCUGUAUUUGUUUGUGAGGACUUGUCAAGAACUGGGGACAUUUACAGUUGAAAUCCCCCCCUAAAAUCAACAAAUGAGAAUCUAAAUUGGGAAUAGCAGACAGAAAGGAAGAAAUGAAACUUGUAUUAUCCCAAUUGGGAGCAUAAACACUAGCCAAAACAAGAGGGGUAGAAAACAGUUCACCGGUUACUAUGACGUAUCGUCCCUUAGGAUUAGCAAUAACCUCAGAAGCUACAAAGGGAGUAGCUUUAUCAACCAGAAUAGCAGCACUUCUUGAUUUACUAUGAAAGUUCGAGUGGAACACUUGACCAACCCAGUCCUUACGCAUCCUAAAAUGCUCACCAGUCCUCAAGUGAGUCUCUUGUAGAAAUGCAAUAUUUGCAUUCAAACCCUUUAAGUGUGUCAACACCCUCUUACGCUUCACUGGGUUAUUAACCCCUUUGGUGUUCCAUGAAAUGUACUUGAACACAUUAUUUCGGCCCCUCUGGGCAUUCCUGUUAUUCAACCCUGUCAUUAUAGCAUAGAAAGGAAAAGCAAUGAGCGCCCAAAACCCCCAGAAUAACUUGUCUCAGAGUAAUAAUGUACGGUGGUAGAUUUUUGGAAAAAGUACAGAACAAAAUACUAAAAAGACAGAAUGACAACAUUAGAACUGAACAAUUCAACCUGGCCUGUUAUAUCUAAACAUAAUUGUACCACAGGUGGGUUACUUACUAUCCACAGUUCGCAAGCAACAGUUGCUGAACUGUGAGCAUGUUCAAGACUUCUUGAUGUGACGUUGAAUGUGAGCCAUAGCCUCAUCCGGAGAUUCAAAUGUGUAGUCUUUACCCUCAUGAGAUAGCCAUAAAUGGGCCGGGAAUCGCAGUCCAUACUUCACACUUGGAUGGUCCCGAAGUACUCGUUUGGCCUGUCCGAAAGCUGCACGCUGCCUGGAAACAGUGGGGGAGUAGUCCUGGUAGAUGGAGAAGCUCUGUCCUUGAAAGCUCAGAGUGGUAUUGCGGGCUCGUCGGAGGAUCUGCCUCUUCUGAUGAAAAAAGUGCACUCGAAGAAUUAUGUCACAGGGCCUCUCCCCAUCCCGGGGCUUUGGGCGCAGCGACCGGUGGGCUCGAUCAAUCAGGGGCUUUUCAUCUAAGGCAAGAACAUCCUUCAGCAGCCCUGAAACAAAAUCUGUGGCGCGAUGCAUUUCCGCUGACUCUGGGACCGAUACAAGUCUCCGAUUAUUGCGGCGAGAGAAUCCCUCUAAGCUCACACAGCUCUCCUUCACCUUUUUCAAAUCCGCAGCUAGGCGUUUAACUUCAGCCUCCAGGGAUGUAGUUAAGUCGGAGACAUUAGUAGCGGAGGUCUCCAGUGCUGCAAUCGUUGUAGUGAGUGACGCAGCUGUUGUUUUGAGUAAUGUGAUUGCUGGCACAGUCUCGUUCCGCAGGAUGGUUAAAUCUGCUUUUAAAGUAUCAGAAACCCCCUGUAUAAUGACAAAGCGAAAACAGGUAUUUGCACAUUUAUUUAAAAAAUGUAAACUGAUGCUUUGCUAUUCGACUUGCUAUGAGACUUGAAAUUGAUCUCCGGUGCAUCCUGUUUCCAUUUUAUCAUCCUUGAUGUUUCUACAACUUGAUUGGGGUCCACCUGUUGUAAAUUCAAUUGAUUGGACAUGAUUUGGAAUGGCACAGACCUGUCUAUAUAAGGUCCCACAGUUGACAGUGCAUGUCAGAGCAAAAACCAAGCCGCGAGGUCGAAGGAAUUGUCCGUAGAGCUUCUAGAUAGGAUUUUCUCGAGGCACAGAUCUGGGGAAGGGUACCAAAACGUUUCUGCAGCAUUGAUGGUCCCCAAGAACACAGUGUCCUCCAUAAUUCUUAAGUGGAAUACGCUUGGAACCACCAAGACUCUUCCUAGAGCUGGCCGCCCGGCCAAACUGAACAAUCGGGGGAGAACUUGGUCACUCUGACAGAGCUCUAGAGUUUAUUGUGGAGGUGGGAGAAUCUUCUAGAAGGACAACCAUCUCUGCAGCACUCCACCAAUCAGGCCUUUAUGGUAGAGUGGCCAGACGAAAGCCACUCCUCAGUAGAAGGCACAUGACAGCUCGCUUGGAGUUUGCCAAAAGACACCUAAAGGACUCUGACCAUGAGAAACAAGAUUGAACUCUGGCCUGAAUGCCAAGCAUCACACCUGGAGGAAACCUGGCAUCAUCCCUAUGGUGAAGGAAACAGAGGGAGUACCAAGCACUGCCAUCAGAGAGAUAUCGCUCCUCAAAGAGCUCAGCCACCCAAAUAUUGUCAAGCUCUGUGAUGUCAUCCACACAGAGAACAAACUGUACCUGGUUUUUGAGUUCCUUCAUCAGGACCUUAAGAAGUUCAUGGACUCCUCUGUCUCUGGUAUCUCUCUGCCACUUGUCAAGAGUUACCUGUUCCAGCUGCUGCAGGGCCUGGCCUUCUGUCACUCCCACAGGGUUCUCCAUCGGGACCUGAAGCCCCAGAACCUUCUCAUUAACGCCCAGGGGGAGAUCAAGCUGGCUGACUUCGGCCUGGCUAGGGCCUUUGGGGUGCCUGUCCGCACCUACACUCAUGAGGUGGUAACUCUAUGGUACCGAGCUCCAGAAAUUCUUUUGGGCUGCAAAUACUACUCCACAGCGGUUGACAUCUGGAGUUUGGGCUGUAUCUUUGCUGAAAUGAUAACCAGGAGGGCCUUGUUUCCAGGCGACUCAGAGAUCGAUCAGCUGUUCCGGAUCUUCCGUACCCUGGGCACACCGGACGAGGUGGCUUGGCCAGGGGUCACUUCCAUGCCUGACUACAAGCCCUCCUUCCCCAAGUGGGCCCGACAGGAGCUGUCCAAAGUGGUUCCCCCACUGGACGAGGACGGGAGAGAGCUGCUCAGGCAAAUGCUGAGCUAUGACCCAAACAAGAGGAUAUCUGCCAAAAAUGCCCUCGUCCAUCGUUUUUUCCGUGAUGUCACCAUGCCAAUGCCACACCUACGACUGUGACAUGCAGACCGACAGGAACAAUACAUUGCCCAGGGUCUUUCCAUGAGAGAUCCCUGAGCAGGAGGACUGCCCCAGCUCUUAUCCACACCUGAAUACUACAGUCCAGGAGAUGGGAGAGAUCACAGUGAAAUAUGGAUGCCUUUCCAAAAACCAUUCUUGCAGCCAAAAACCAGCAUUUGUAUAAAUUGGAUGUCCUGGGAGUUUUUUCUCUACAGCUAUGAGUGCCUGUUAUGUCAUAGAGAAUGAACUCUACAGUUGUUUCAGCAUUUUAUGUGUAUUGAAAGGGUUAACUUGGUUUGUGUACAUUUUAGUCAUUUAGCAGAUGCAAGCUCUUUAUUUGUUCAUUGCAUAAUUUAUGAUAAAAAGUUGAUUAAAUUAGUUUGAGCUUUA